AUGCGGCUUCCAAUUGAAUGGCAAAGGAUCAAAGAGGAGGCCUUUGCUCAUCCAUGCCUGGUGGCUGCCUGUUUGACGGGCUGGCCUGCGCUGCAUUGCUUGAGUUUGUGUCUGUCAAUCCUGGGUGGUGAGGUGGUCUCCAGUUGGGCUUUUCGCUUCGUUCUGGUGCACGUGCUCCAAUGGCGCACCUUGACCGAUGCUCACGGAGGCGAUCAGUCCCUGACCGAAGAAGCGAAGUUGGCGGGGAACUUGUGGCAGCUCGGUCUUCUAGGUAUCGCAACGAGCAUCCCUCCAGCCGCGGUGAUUGGAGUCAUCUCGCUGAUGCAUUUGGGCGGAGAGCUUUCCUUGCGCCGCGCCAAGCUGGCCUUCACUGGGCAACUGACAGCCACACUCUGGGCACUUUGCUCAGUUCUCCUUCUGAUAAGGUUGUGCUCUCACUGGAGGUAUAGAACUUGUAAGGAGGUGGAGAAGAAGGAUGACUUUGUGUGUCAAGAUCCUGUAGAGGCCAAAGUGCAGAGGGUCUUGAUGUCCUUCGCUUGUUACUUCGAAACGACCAUUGAAUGUCAGGUGGUCUUCGUCAUUCUUUGCUGCUUUGGCCUGUGCGCCGUGAUCUCCCUCCUGGGUUCCAUCGUUGGCUUGUAUGGCGUGCGGUACUACAGCUUCAAAGACACUUGGAAGGUGGAAAGGACCCCAGGACCGAGCCGUGGCCAUGGCAUGCUGACACCGCGCGUUGCGCCGCGCGUUGCGCGGGUGACUGAAUGGAAGGAUGCCCUGAAAGCCUGGAGCAAAGCCAUCAAGGGACAAGAUUGGAGUUCGGCCCUGCAGCUUCUGCGAUCUCUGGACAAGAAGCGCAUUCAAAAGGAUGUGGUUCUUUGCAACACAGUGAUCUCCUGCUGUGAGAGCGGCUCCAAGUGGCCGGAGAGUUUGCACCUACUAGCGGCACUGGAAGGCCUGCAAGCUUCGGUGGUUUCCUUCGGUGCUGUGCUGCGGAGCUUCCCCGAAGCGUCGCGGAGCUUCGGUUCGUGGUCUUCGUGGACGUGGGCCAUGCGGCUGCUCGGAAAUCUGCAGGAAACUGGACUUCGAGCGAAUGCAAUUUCAAGAAGUUCUGCUAUCAGCGCAUGUUGCCGCGCAUGGACACAUGCAACUUCGCUCUUGCGAGACUUCACUUCCUUCACUCUCAGAGUCGAUGUGAUCGCGUUCAACAGUGCAAUUGCUGCCUGUUGUGAAGCCCAGCGCUGGCUCUUUGCCUUGGAGCUCUUUUCGGAGCUCCACCAGCAGCAGCUGCGUCGCAGCAUCGUGUCCUACAGCACUGCCACCAGCGCAUGCCGCUGGCUGCAAGCUUGGCAGAUGAUCCAAGAAAGUCGAAUGGGGCGAGUUACCGUAAAUGCGGUCCCCUACAAUGCUGCUGCCAAUGCUUGUGAUGACUGGGAAAGCAGCUUGCACUUGUUCACAGACGUACAGAGGAAUCGCUUGAGCACCAGCAUCACCUAUGGAUCUGGCAUCACUUCUUGCGGAGCACUGGAGCAAUGGCUCCGAUCCUUGCAACUUUGCGUGGAGCUUCCCCAAGGAUCACUGGAAGGGAAUCUUGUGGUUCACAACGCUGUGUUGAGCGCAUGUGAGAAGGGGGCACAAUGGCAACGUGUUCUGGAAAUCUCCGCAGACGAAGUCGAUCUCAUCUCCUACAAUUCGGCCAUCAGCUCAUGUCAGACAGCCACUCAAUGGAGCCAAGCCAUGCUGCUGAUGAUCCAGCUCAAAGGGAGUCGCUACGCCAACGCCAUCGCGUACAACUGCGUUUUGAGUGCCUGUGAUUUCGCCGGCAGAGUUGCAUCAGUGGUGCAGUUGUUGGUCGAAUUGGAGGACCCUUGGUGA